GAUUUUGCAUUUCUGGGUAGGGAACUGUUUGUAAACAAAACAGUUCUCUCCCCUGUCAGCUCCUGCACACUGCUUUGCAUGGCUGUGCAUAGCACAGCCAUGCAAAGCAGUGUGCUUGUAGUGAAGCACAAACACAGCCCAGUAUGCAAAACAGCACACAGUUAAUCCUUUGAUCGCCCCACAUGUUAAUCCCUUUCUGCUCAGUGCUAUUAGUACAGUGUCAGUGCUUUUGUAUUAGCACUAAUCACUGUAUUGGUGUCAAUGGGGAUUUCAGUGACACCAAGUCAGUUCCCCCCAGUGUCAGAAUGCCCGCCGCAGUCCCGC